AUGAAUAAUAUCAACAACUCAAUCAAUAGUCCGAUGCUUGAAACAGACGCAAUGUUGUUGACUUGCACUUUGGUGUUUAUUUCGUUGAACUGCAUUACGUAUCUUCGCGGAAUCUUUGAGGAAGACAACUAUGUUGACACAAUAUAUCGACCCCAAGAGAGGGCAGACAUGCAAUCUGAAACUGGACAGAAAGGUCGUUUUAUAAGAUUAAAAACUCUUAAACGUAACUUUUGUGAAGCUUCCGAUACCUUUCUCAAUUGGAUUGAAUUAGGAGUAUAUCAAGCCAUAUCCUUAAAGUACUUGAAGGCUAUUCAGUUCUCUAUUUAUUUUAAUAAGGGCCAUCCUGAAGAUGUUUCUGAAUGUUAUUUCUUCUCAUUUGAUUAUGAAAAUAAUGCUUUACAAGUUAAUUCAUCAACAUCUGCAAAUAUUCCUAUCCUGUCGAGAUUGGAUACGAGAGAGAAAGUUAUGGAUUUGAUAAAGCGAUUAAUUCUUAUCACCCAAAAUUUAGAUCCCUUGCCUGAUGAAUCGUAUAUUUCCAUGAGAUUACUAUACAACAAUAGUUGUCCUGCUGGAUAUCAAGCUCCAAUUUUUAAGGAUGCUUCUGAUAUGCCUGUUGCCACUGUUCGUACUGGAAAUUAUCAAAAGUCUUUUCAAUCUGUUGGUGAUAUUAAUAUUGGUUUUAAUAAGAGUUGUGUGGGAAUUAUAACUCAAUGCUGUUUAGACGAAACUGCAUAUAUAAUCCCCAUAGACCCAUUUGGUCUUGUAGAGGAAGACAUUCCAGCAGAGGAUGAGUUUGGAUCAGUUUUAUCUUAUGGACCUAAUAUAAUUGAAAUUCCUUCAAUAAGUAUAGGAGAGAACAACCAAGAAGAUAUAACAGCUGAUAGUGGUCCUCUCACUUUGAAAGAUAUUGUUGCUGAUAAACUAUCAUUAGAACCUACUCAAAGAAUGAUUUCCAAUCAAAAACCAUUUGUUUGGACUUUUCCUGAAAAGGAAUGUAUUUCAGGAUGUAGUUCAGAAACAACAACGGGCUGUAUUAAAUGUCGUCGGAAGAUUAUUCCAGUAUGCUAUGGUAAUUACAAUGAUCGAGAUUUAUUAUUAAUUAAAUGCUAUGCUUGUUGUUUUGAGAAUGAGGUGUUGGAUAUACAUUUAAUAAUGCUCAUGAAAGCCAGGUUUUUAUGGAUACACUUAAUGUAUGAGGAAAACUUCCCUAGUUCAAAGGGAAUGUAUGAGCUAUUAAAUCUUGAUGUCAAUAAAGCUGAGGAUAACGUUAUUAUGGAGACCAUAUUGAACAUCUUUUUUGGUGAGGAUGUCUUAUGUAUUAGUAGUAAACCAUUUACUAAGAUUUAUUCAAGUGAAUUAGUUCAUGGCCAUGGUACAUUCAAGCCAUUAACUGCUAAUCUUGUUUAUGAUAACGAAAGAUUAUUAGAAACUAAACAGUAUUAUAUUGGAUUUAUGCCCAAAAUACAUCCUGAUCCAUCGUUUUACGAUUUCAAGAAUCUAUUAUUUCCUAAUCAUGUUCGUACUAGAAAGAAUGUAAUCUUAAAUAACUUGAGUAAAUUUAAGAAAAUGAUAGUGGAUUAUACUAUUAACGUGACAACCAUGGAUGAAAGUGAUGCUAAUAUAGAUAGACAUAAUACUACUACAGAAUCGGUUAUAAAUCAGGGUCAAGUUAUCAAUCUGGAUAGCAGCUUAGAAUCAGUACAAGAAUUAACAGAUAUCACAAAAAUGUCAUUUGAAGAUGCAAUUCUAUUAUUAUCCCAAUUCACAGAAGUAUCUGAUAUUAAUCAUAAUUGA